GUAUUAUGCUCUGAACCCCGUGGAUGUCGCACCAGCAACCCGCCUGCGACGUAUGUGGAGAGUACCUCAUACUCUUUUGGAUUUGCGUGUGCGCUGAUGGGAUGCAAGGCCGCAGGGGCGGGCGAAAGUCGACCGACCUCACUUGGCCGGAGAUAGGGCCGGAGGCGGAUGAUCAACCACCUCGCUCGCUCCUUCAACACACAUGAGCUGGCACAUGACUCAACCAACCACGCGACCAACUUGCGAACGACCAAGAAUUCAACAACAUCUAUCCGUCAAGGUGUAGAAGCACACAGUUCCGAAAAGUAACCCGAAAAAGUGAUCUUGAUCUAAGUCCGGCCGCUACUUUAUCGCUCACUCCAUCUACAUUUACUCCACCUACAUGCACUCCUUCGCACACCACAUACAGGGCUGAAUAGGUAGACGACCAUGACGGGCGCAACCCUCCAACCAGGCCAGGCCGACCUCCCCUCGGCCAAGAGCACUGCGUCCUACUGGCACCGCGAGCCCUCGGUGGCGCUCCUCGGCCAGAGGACCACCAGUGCGUUGCCCCCGACCGCAGACAUUGUCGUUAUUGGUAGCGGCAUCACGGGCGCCUUCGCCAUCAAGGAGCUGCUAGAGCGGCAGGCGGGGAAGACGGUGCUUCUCCUCGAGGCGCGGGAGAUCUGUUGGGGUGCUACCGGGCGGAACGGCGGCCACUGCCAGCCAGUGGCCUACAACCCCAACACCACCAUCGCGGACUUUGAGCUCCGCAACUACACCCACCUCGCCGACCUUAUCACCGCCAACGCCAUCCCUUGCGACUGGGUGCCCCUACAGGGCGUCCACGCCCUCCUGACGCCGGACCUCGUCGCCGCCGCCGCGGAGCAGAUCGCGGCGCUGCCGCCUCGCCUUUCGGGGCUUGCGAGGCUGGUCACCGACCCGGGGGAACUGAGAACCCUAAAGGUCCCCGAUGCGGCGGGCGCCGUCGUGCAGGAGAGGGCGGCGAGCGUGUGGCCCUACAAGCUCGUCGCGUGGAUCUUCGAGGAUCUGCUGCGACGCUUCGGUCCUGGUCCUCGGUCAAAGUCCGUGUCCGGGGCGGAGACGACAGAAUCGGAGAAUAGGUGGUUCAACAUUCAAACCAACACUCCCGUGACCCGCCUCCAGCGCCUACCCAGCGGCGGCCGCACCUCUUCUCCCCCCGACGAGGCAUCGUGGGUCGUCCACACGGACCGCGGGCAGGUCGCAGCCAGUAAAGUCCUCCUUGCAUCCAACGCCUACACGAGCCGGCUCCUUCCCUCGUUUGCAGACCUCGUCGUCCCCGUGCGGGGUCAGGUCGCCGCGCUCCUGCCCGAGCCCCGCGCCGAGCUGGGGCGGAGCUACGUGUUCAUGGCGAGCUCCGACGCUGCCAGGGGCGAGCCAAACCAGGACGACUACCUGAUCCAGCGGCCCAGUCCCGGGCUGGAGCUGAUUCUCGGUGGCGGGCGCGCGCGCGGCGCGUCAAGGGGCGUGGGUGUUUCGGACGACGACAAAGUCGACCCUGUCGUCGCGGCGUACCUGCGUCGGGCCGGGGUGACGAAUGUCGACCUGAGGCCUGGGGAGAGGGGCGAGGCCGGUGGCCCCAAGGAAGAGCUGAGGGCGAGCUAUGAAUGGACGGGCAUCAUGGCCUUCUCGCGCGACGGGCGGCCAUGGGUCGGCGCCGUGCCGUCAGGUCCCGUCCUCGGUGGCGGAGACGGAUUGUGGGUCUGUGCUGGGUACACGGGGCACGGCAUGCCGCAGGCGGCGCUGUGCGGGCGCGCGGUGGCCGGGAUGAUGACUGGAUCGGGGGGCGUCGAGCUGGACAUCCCGGCCGAGUUCUUGGUCAGCGAGGAGAGGGCCGAGAAGGCCAGGGCCUUGCCUUCGAUCAAGGAGAUGGAUGAUCUAGACAUGUUCCUCCUGUAGCCUCGUGGCCCCAGAGCCCCUAAACCCCCGUUUUCGCCGCUUGCGAUGGGCGUCUUGUGUAAGACUAUGGUGGCGAUCAGCCGAGCAUCUGGAUCACCGCACGAAGAAUGGACGGCAGGGGGGGUUGAAAAGGAAUGUGGGGGCGUAGAGCGAGACUCGGCCGCACCGUGAGGCGGACACUGCUCGAGAUCUCCGGGGAGGCGCCGAAGAGGGCGGUGGAGGAGAGAAUGCUGAGUCUAGCUCGCCGGUCCCAGGCCAAUCUGGAUUGUUGCUUAGCGAGACACUCUGGGGAGGUGCGUGGGGUUCAUCAGCACACAUACUCAUUGUGCAACCACGGUGUAAACUGCGAUUCAGGAUGCUACUCUCUCAUGUUUCUCGACGUCACCUGAGCCAGUCGCUGGAAUGUAGAAUCUGUUGCCUCUGAAUAGGCAGCGCUCGGACUGCCCUUCGUAUGCUGUUGACAUUUCAGCGAGCCCCCUGUCAUUUUCAUUGAAAUUGAGCGUAGGUCUUGGAGCUCCGCCUAAUACCUAGGUAGGAGGCAUGUUGUCAUGUUGAUCACAUCAGACACUCGGCCGAAUCAAGUACUGAGACAGACACAGAGAUCGACUUCAAAUACUUGUGUCCUC